CUUUUGUUCUUCUGUGCUCUUGUCUCUCCUGCCGCCCGAUGACGAUGAACCCAUCCAUCGUUUGAUGGUACCAGACCCGCGUGGCAACUCCGCACUUGAUCCAUCUAUGGUAGCGUCACCGCGUCCUAUUAAUAUUCAGCACGGAGUCUCCGUGGACAUUGAUGGGAUAGAGAUCCUUCAUGUCCCCGGAUCGAACCUCAGCUGUGAGUUGAGCAGCUGUUGCCGAUCCGCGGCGCUCCCGCUCACCCCGCUCGCCCCGGCCCGCGCUGCCAUCGGCCGUUAACACCGUGAUAGCCUCACCUCACCUCCUCUCCUACAGUCCUCAGCCGCUUGCCCGUCGUCGCCGCCGCCAUCGCCCGUCUCCGCGUUCCGAUCAUCCCCCCUCCGCCGUUUCCCACUGGCCGACAUCUGCGCCCUAUUAGAUGCCUCUCGUUUGUCGAUGCCAAGCCUGCAUGAUGCGCGAACCACGGAAGGCUGCUGCUGCUUAGGGAGGGGGAGAGGAACGGUGGAUGUGUCAUCGCCUCGCCUCCAUCGGCACUCAGCGUCUCGCGCCCUCGGCCGACGGACGGCACUUCGUGCGGCCCGUACCAGCAGACAUGACAAGUUCGUGGGGGUUUCCGUUCCUUUGCCGCCCGCACCGCCCGCCCGACGGCCCAGGCGAUCAAUCCAUCAAUCAAUCCCAUCGCCUCCCCAAUGCAGUCUCGCGCGCGCCCGCGUUCGCGUGAGGUCACUACUCGCGAGACAUGGCGUACCUCGUGCUGCACGACGUGCGUGACCCGUUCCCCCCUCCCCUCAUCUCUACCAAAGAGCACAUCACAGGGUAACAUGGUGCCUGCACCAGUCAGCCUUGAAGGCCACCACAACCACCAAUGCAUAGGUAGUUAUCACUUGCGCCCGUUCGAGGCGCUUCCACCUACCUUCCCGAGUCUCCCCCACACACACACGCGUAUACUAUACACCCUCCUUUCCUCUCCCCUCGCGCCUCCGACACUCCGACCGGCGUGUUGAGGAGCACGCCCCAGAGGCCGUUUCGCACUAUCGGAGCUGCAAGUGACAUACAUACCCUUGUUGCCAUCACUACGUAUGUGCUGCGCUGGACUGGGUGAGGAGCUGCCUUCAGAGAGAGCUACGUAGCUAGACAGAAUAGUGCGCCCGCGGUGAGGUGAGUCGCCGGCGAAAACCCCGUCCGGCGUUGCAGUUGACUCUCGCCCCUCUCUCGAAGCGUCUCCCGCGCCCCCCCGCGCGCGCCGGGCCGUCCGCGCGAGACCCUGUUUCCCGUGCAGGUGAUGUGUAGCAAAAGCAUAGCAUGUCGAACCGGGGGACACGGGCUGUGGGUGCUCGCUCGCUCGCCGUCGACGGACGAUGUGUGUGUUGUCGUGGCGUGGCGUAUAAUAAACAGCGCCCACCACCAUGCAAUGCAAUGUAUACAUGGCCGUCUGAACAUAAAAAGGGUCGCACAUGCAAACAACGCUGACUGAAGCAGCGAGCGGGGAAUCAUAUCACUUUGUCUCACUCAUAUCUAGCAGCACUCGCCAUCGAUAUAUCUUCCCCACCAAGAGAGAGAGAGACACACACACAGAGAAAGAGAAAGAGAAAGAGGAGAGCGCAACCGGAAGAGGACGGUAGAAACGAUAACUAGUCAACACUCCAUGGCCGUCUUUCCAAUGAGCGGCGGUCUACUGUCCCUCGCCGGGGCGGCCCUCACCCUCACCGGGGUGGUUCUGGCCGUGGUACUCGCUCGGAGUAUCCUCCAGAUCAGCCGCUCGUCAACAUCAAAGGUCCCUGGGCCGUGGUACAGCAAGUGGACGAGCCUAGUCGUCGACCUCCACUUCCUGAAAGGAACGAGGUGCUUCUACGUGCACGCCUUGCACAAAAAAUAUGGCCCCGUCGUACGCGUCGCGCCAAACGAGGUGGCCAUUUCCGACCUCGAGGCCGUCAAGGCCAUAUACACGACCAAGGAGACGUUCCUCAAGUCCGACUUCUACACGAGCCUCGUCUCCCCCGGGUCCGAGGCCAUGUUCAGCACCGUCAACAUCGACUUCCACCGGCGCCACCGCCGGCUCCUCGCCUCGCCCAUGUCCGAGACGUCGCUCAAGUCCGUCAUGCCGCAGAUCCGCGCGCACGUAGACCUCGCGGUGCGGCGCAUCGACGAGGAGAUGAAGGCGCGCGGGUCCGCAGACGUGCUCAAGUGGUACCUCUUCAUGGCGACGGAUAUUAUCGGCCAGCUUACCUUUGGCGACUCGUUUCACAUGCUCGAGCUCGGCCGUAAAAACAAGUAUGCGCACGAGCUGGAGCGAGUCGGCCGCAUCGGCGCCCUCCGCGUCAGCCUGCCGUCCCUCGUCAGCCUCGCCUACAAGACGCCCUUCCAGAUCCCCAUGUUCCGGGAAGCCGUGGAGGCGAGCGCCAAUAUGAGGCGCUACGCCACAGACUCGCUCAACCGGUACCGGCGCGUGGUCGAGAACGACGCGACCUUUGUGCAGCAGACGCUCUUCACCAAGGUGUUCAGGGCCGAGGAGGACGAGAAGCUGUCCUUUGACGAGGUCCGCGACGAGGCGCAGUCGUACAUCGUCGCGGGGAGCGACACCACCGCCAACACCAUGGCGUACCUGACGUGGGCCGUCUGCCGCCAGCCGUCCAUCCGCGAUGCCCUCGUCGAGGAGCUGCGCACGCUGCCCGAGGACUACACAGAGGCUCACCUGCGGGACCUGCCGUACCUGGAGCAGGUCAUCACCGAGACGCUGCGGCUCUACUCUGCGGCGCCGUCGGGGCUGCCCCGCGUGGUGCCUCCCGGCGGAUGCGAGCUGGCGGGAUACUGGUUCGACGAGGGAACGACCGUCAGCACCCAGGCUUAUAGCAUGCACCGGGACCCCGUUGUAUUUCCGCAGCCAGACGCCUUCAUUCCGUCGCGGUGGGCGGAUCCGACCAAGACGAUGAAGGACUCGUUCAUGCCGUUUGGUCGCGGCCCGCGAGUCUGCAUCGGGCAACACCUUGCCAAGAUAGAACUUCGGCUCGCCUCCGCGCGCUUCUUCCUCACCUUUCCAAGCGCGCAGGUUUCGUCGCUCGAGGGCAUGUCCGACCAGGAAAUGGAGCCCGCGAUUUACUUCCUGGCCGCACCGACCGGAGGGCGGUGUCUGAUCCAAGCGGCGUAGUUGGAGAACCCGUACCCAGCAUAAUAACCCGGCCCUGUUAGCAGCACGGGAGAUACAGCAGAGGGACUGUCGCUGGCGCCGGGGUCAUUCGAGCGCAGCAUUACCUUGGCCUGAGAUGUACCGAAAAUGCUUGGUGGCCGGUCGCCGCGGACGAGAGCAUUCCAGAAUGAAA